AUGGUCAAGCAUUCGUCUGCUGAAUUCCCUGUCCCCGAAACGCUCCGUCCAGAAAAUCACAUGCCUUCGUCCAUCCGGAGGAGUGAUGUGUUAGAGUGGGAGCGAUGUCUCAAAGACCACUUAGCUACUUGGAUGAUAAAUCCACAAUCGUCCUUCAACGAAGUUCGGGCAGAGCUUGACACGAAAUUCUCAUCCUCCGAUCGACUUCCUAAGGAAACAGCUACGAUGGGAAAAGACGACAUGUGCGAUUCCCUCUUCCCACCCCUUGUUAACCUGCAUCAGCAAAAUGCAUUGCCAGCGUUGCUCUUCAACUACGAGCGAAUGGCCUGCGAGCAAAUUACAGAGUCCGUACUCAAUAAAUUGUGCACUGCAGAGGGAUUCUACAAGGAUGACACAGCCUGGAAUAGAAAAAUGGCAGAGUACCAAAAGUACCAGGCAUCAAAGGCAAAGAAAGCUUGUGAGGCAGGGAAACGAAAAUCAUCUCAGGACGACUUGAAUCCAGACCCGGCUGAAUAUGAGCGGUAUGCUUUCGAUGGUUUCAAUCCUGAGAGGUCGUUGGAGCAGUUCUCCUUUGCUGGGAUUCGUGGGCAAGACUGGGAGGAGCUCAAGAAAGAUAUCCACAAGCUGAAACGAUUCAAUAUCAACCCUGUCCUUCUUGAAGCUUUGACAAGGGGCAUUGGUGUUCAUCACGCAGGAUUGAACAGGCGGUACUGUCAUUUUGUCGAACGCCUAUUCCGUCGAGGAUUUCUAUGCGUUGUGAUAGCUACCGGAACUCUUGCGCUGGGUAUCAACAUGCCCUGUCCUACCGUCGUCUUCUGCAGCGACAACCCUUUCCUGACAGCCCUGAACUACCGUCAAGCAUCAGGAAGAACAGGACGUCAUGGCUUCGAUCUUCUUGGAAAUGUUAUCUUCCAUGGCAUAUCUCUUUUGGAGGAGUACCAAGUGAUAAGCUCACGACUGCCAGAUCUGAAUGGCCAUUUCCCUAUCACAACCAGUUUGGUUCUGCGUCUCUGCAUCCUUCUACAUAACUCGGAUUUAUCGCCGUAUGCAGUUCAAGCUAUCAAUUCUUUGCUUGCACAGCCAAGGUUAUGGCUGGGUAGUGUGGAUUCAAGGGACAAGAUGUUUCAUCAUCUCCGGUUUUUCAUCGAAUAUUUGCGCCGUCAGAAGCUAAUGAGAAGACAUGGGGAGCCCACCUAUCUUGCCCGCAGCGUUGCUCAUUUAUACUACACCGAAAACAGCGCUUUCGUGUUCCAUGCUCUCCUUCGCGAAGGAUAUUUCGAGACCCCGAAACCACAGUCACUCUCGCAGGCCUUUCAGUCAGCGGAGCCGGAAACCCACCUCUCAGGCCACAGCGAUGACUUCACCAGUAUAAAGGAUCUCUGCAAAACCGUCCGCUCCGAAGUCUUCCUCGAAGAAAGCGUCAUCCCGCACUUAACCGUCUACCCAGACGGCGACAUGCCACUGUUGAACGUGUACUUGUACGAUUUCGUCUGCCAUGGAAACCCGCAGCCGCUCGAGGUUGCGAAUAACAUCUUGGGGUCUGAUGCGUGGUUUCUGUUGAAUGAUUUCUCCCUUAUUCUGGCGACGAUUAUUGUCGCACUGGAGUCCGAGUAUUGA